AUGAAAGAAUUGAAAGAUAUGCAUGAAGGCGAUGAAGAAUGUGUGGGGGACAGUUCUUAUAUCAACGAAAGAACUUCUGAUAAUCGGCCAAAAACAGAUGCUGGAUUUAGUCGUACCCCAUCCGAUAUGUCUGAAUCUGAUCAAGAAAAAGAACGAAAAAGUGGUAUCAUUUAUUUCCAAACAUUACCACCGAAUUUCACCGCUUCAAGAAUGCGUACUGAGAUGAGUAGAUUCGGUGAAAUUGGAAGAAUCUACUUACAGGCGAAAAUUUCUUUUGUAAAAAAUUUGGCUGCGAAACUACGCAAUGCAAGGGGUAAACGCAAAAGGAGAUUUGUGGAAGGAUGGGUUGAGUUUAAAGAAAAAAAUAUAGCUAAGCGAGUCGCUGUGUCAUUAAACCAAACAGCAGUUGGUGGAAAACGAAGAAGCUCUGCCCGUGAAUCACUUUGGACGAUGAAAUAUUUAAGCGGUUGUAGUCCAAUUUUAUAUUCAUCGUUCAAGUGGACACACUUGGUAGAACAAUUGAGUUAUGAGCAACGAAUUGAACGACAGCGAAUGAGUGCUGAAAUAGCACAAGCAAAGCGACAAGCUUCUUUCUUUGCUGACCAAAUAGAAAAAGGAGAACAACUGAGAAAACUAGAAGAAAAGGUAUUGAAAAGAGGUGGCGUAUGGCAUAAGUUCCAAAGGGAAGUGCAGCAGCGUCCAGUGAUAAAGAACAAAGAUGACGAAAAACAAGUUGAUAGCCAGCUGCUACAGAUGAUUUUUACAGGAUGA